GAGGAGGCGGCUCCUGUCAGGGCGGACAGGAGGUGACGCAGCCGCCGCGGUGCAUUGCGGCCGCCGGCACCACCACACGGCCUCCGUCAGCACAGCGAGGCCCAGGCGGCGAGGUCCCACGUAGUGAGGGUCCACCAAGGAGUCCCUGCUCGGGCCCAUGGCCUCGCCGCAGAAGAAGAGAGGCGGCGUUGGCGGCGUUAGUAACGGCGCCGUGAAGUCGCCUUGGAGCAAAGCGCUGAGCGCCGGCGCGCAAUGGGGAGACAAGGACGAGUUCCUGGACGUCAUCUACUGGAUCCGUCAGAUCAUUGGGCUGGUUCUGGGUGUCGUCUGGGGAGUCGUUCCCCUCAAGGGGAUUGUCGCCAUCCUGCUAUUCUGCGUGAUAAACGCAGGCUUGCUCUACUUGUACUUCAGUAGCUUCCAAAAGGUGGACGAGGAGGAGUAUGGUGGCACGUGGGAGCUGACCAAGGAGGGCUUCAUGACAUCUUUCUCUUUAUUCUUGGUUGUCUGGGCGAUCUUCUACACUGCAUUACAUUACGAAUGACCUUGGAUAAUUUUGAAAAAUAAAUAUUUUUUUCUCCAUAGUUAUGGAAAAGUUUUUAAACAUGUGUUUUAAACACUGCUAUCCCAUGCAAGCACCAUUCAUAUUGUGGCCAGACUACUUUUUUUAAUAGUUUGAACCACACUUUCAUGUGUAUGGGGGCAGUUUAAUGAAAUAUCUCAGCCCACGUCACAGUUCACUACAUAUUCAUUCCAAGCUUUGGUAUGGAGACUAUUGAAAAUGUGCCAUCCGUCAGAAGGACAUUUAAGGCUGGUCCGGAAUCCUAUUGUGAAAAAUACGCAUGCAUUUAGGUUCCUGAGCGAUGACCAUUGUGUACAAACAAGUUUCAUCUCAAAAGCAAUCGCGUGAACACAUGGACAGUAUCAGCAUUUUAAAAAGUGUCCUUUUUAAGAAGUGCUGUAUUAUGGUAUUUUUAAUCCACAAAUUGGAAGAUACCAAAGUAGUAUAUUUUAUCCGACUACAUUCUGGCAGCUGCCAGUAUCUUAACAGGACCUAUCUGCAAACAAGUUGUAGAAUUUUUCAAACCCAUCAGUGGGCUGUGCACCCACCACAGGUUAAGAGCUCAUCCACGCAGAAUGUUGAGGUGGUUACGAAAUGAAUAAAUAUGAAGCGAUUUUA